UUUUUUUUUAUUUUUAUCCUUUUUAUCCUUUUUAUUCUUUUUAUUCUUUUUAUUCUUUUUAUUCUUUUUCUUUCAUUCUUUUUAAUUAUAUAUACUACUAUCAUUCAAUGACUUGUCAACAUGUCAAGAGCAAGUAAUAAUACAAAAAAUAAAAUCACUUUGCCAUUACCGUUUUUAUUAGAAAGCAAUACAAAUCCUUCAUUUUCAUUUGUAAUGAGGCAAAAUAAAAUGAAUGAAAGCUUUGAGAAUUUGAAUUUGUCAAACCCUAUCGAUUCUCAUGACAGAAAUCCUCAGUCAACCACAAACCUAAAUUCACAUCAGUUAACAACUUCUAUCAAAGCGAAACGUCAAUCACAUACUCUUUUAUUUCUUAUAUUCACAUGUCCUUGGUUAUGGCAUCAUGUUUCACCUGCUAUUCCUAUCCUAUUUGCUUAUUUGUUUUGCCUUACAUUUACUUCUAUGUUAAAGACUUCAUGGACUGAUCCGGGGAUUUUACCUCGUAAUUUGGAUAUAAAAAGUACACAAAAUGUAAAUCAAUAUGGAUAUAGAUAUUCAUUCAUGUCAGAUGAUGACGGCCUGUUUCCUUUACCAAAAGAAAUUACGAUUAAGAAUGCUCCUAUUCAGCUAAAGUAUUGUGAAACAUGCUGUAUUUAUAGACCACCUCGAGCCAGUCAUUGUAGACAAUGCGAUAAUUGUGUAGGCAGGUAAAAAGGGAAAAUAGAGGAAAAUGAAGAUCAUCAUUGCAUUUGGUUAAAUAAUUGUGUUGGAAAGAGAAAUUAUACAACCUUCUUUACUUUUAUUAUGUCUGCUACUAUCUUGUGCUGUUAUGUAAUCGCAUUUUCUUUGACACAUGUCAUUCAAGUUUAUUUAAAUAGCAGGGAAAGCUUUAAAGAUUCUUUAUUGCAUA